AUGGGCUGGUGCACACAUAGCAAUGCUUUGCUCGUCCCUAUCUUGUUUUUCUUCUCCUUCUACCCUUUGGCCUUCUCCAAGCUGUCAUCACCUCAGAUAGAAGUCAUGGUCGAUCUCUCCCGGAAAAUCCCGAGUUCUGACUUAUCGCGGAACAGCACCGAAGACCCGUGUGAAUGGAAAGGGGUCACGUGCGGUUCGGAUAACUUCCGUGGUCAGGCGCUCUCUCUCUCUCUCUCUGGGCUGUCUCUCGCUUCCCCCGGCUUUUUGCCUGUGACUUGCCAGAUUGGUUCUUUACAGGUUCUUGAUCAGUCUGAACUCCCUGAUGCGUGCAUCACUGGUGGGCUCAGGAGGUUGAACUUCGGCGGGAGUGCGCUGGUGGGUCCUUUGCCUUCUUUUACUGUCCCAGUUGACCUGUUCCGGGUUCUGAAGGAGCUCCAGCUUUCGGUGAAUGGGUUCGAAGGUGAAAUCCCUGAGGGAGUCAAAGAUUAUCGGAAUUUGGCGCUGCUUGAUCUUAGCGCGAACCAGCUUUCAGGCUCUGUCCCGACAGACUUGGGGAGCUCCCAAGGCUGGAAGUGCUGGUUGAGACUGGGUAGCAAUUUAUCUAGUGAUACGAUCCCUUCUGAUUCAAUGGGAAGCCUCAAGAAAUCGACUUACUUGGAACCGGAAAAUAAUAGCUUGACAGGAGCAGUCCCUCCUGAACUGGGCAAAUGUCGAAGUUUGGUUAGAGACAUGGUCAAAGUGGAAGCUGGUGGAAACAAGGACUUCAUCAAUGGGACAACACUGAGUCAUGCUGUCAUAUUGAAAUGA